AUGACAGAUUCAAAGGGCGGGCACUCGAGCCAAUUCGACCCAACGUCACUCGACGCCAAUCAGCGCGGGAUCGCACAAAACACCAUCGACGAAGAAAAGUCCAACUACGGCGCCAAGACUGCAGUGGAUCGCGACGUCGGAGGAAAGAUGCCGACAUCCAAAGUGUCCACUGGGGCGUACGGCCUACCAGAAAUCAGCAGCGGCGGGCAGUCGUUAAGCGACAUCGUGAACGAAGCGUUGAAAGGCCGGACGGGCAUGGCGCAGGACAAGGCGCAGCGCAUCGACGAGAGCAUGAAAGUUGGGGGGGACGAAGAUCUUCACGAGAUGGCUGCAGCGAAGCAGCCGUGA